GGCCGCCUGUCAGAGGGAGGUGGCGAUGGUGAUCCUGGUGUCGGCGGCGGCGGCGGCGGCUUCCUUGGUCGGAUUGCAAGGGGUAGAAAAUGACUGACCAACUGACUGGCUGAAUGAAUGAAUGGCGGAGCCGAGCGCGCCAUGAGGAGCUUGCGGAGCCUGGGCGGCCUCGCCCUGUUGUGCUGCGCCGCCGCCGCUGCUGCCUCAGCCGUCUCGCCGGAGAAUGUCACCGGUGGCGGCGGGGCCGCGGGGCAGGUGGACGCGUCGCCGGGCCCGGGGCUGCGGGGCGAACCCAGCUAUACUUUCCCUAAGGCGACGGCUCCCACAGCCCAGGCCCGGAGGACUGGACCCCCGCGCACUACGGUCCGCCGACCCCUGGCUGCGAGCUCUUCAACCCAGUCUCUGGAGAACACCGCUCUUCGGGAGACAGCCGGACCUGCUUCGACCACCUUUCAGGCGCCGCUCGGCCCCUCGCCGACCACCCCUUCCGCGGUGGAACGCACUUCGGCCACCCCUCCGGCGCCGACCAGACCUGCGCCCACCACCCUUUCGACGACCACGGGCCCGGCGCCGACCACCCCUGUAGCCACCACCGUUCCGGCACCCACCACUCCCCGGACCCCGACCCCCGUUCUUCCCAGCAGCAGCAGCGUCCUGCCCACCCCACCUGCCACCAAGGGCCCCUCUCCACCUCCCCCAGAGUAUGUAUGUAACUGCUCUGUAGUUGGAAGCCUGGAUGUGAAUCGCUGCAACCAGACCACAGGGCAGUGUGAGUGUCAGCCAGGUUAUCAGGGGCUUCUCUGUGAAACCUGCAAGGAGGGCUUUUACCUGAAUCACACUUCUGGUCUCUGUCUUCCGUGUGACUGUAGUCCACAUGGAGCCCUGAGCACACUGUGCAACAGUUCUGGAAAAUGCCAGUGCAAAGUGGGUGUCAUUGGCUCUUCAUGUGACCAAUGCCAAGAUGGAUAUUUUGGCUUUAGCAAGAAUGGCUGCUUUCCCUGCCAGUGCAAUAAUCGGUCCACCAGUUGUGAUGCUCUCACAGGUGCUUGUUUAAACUGCCAGGAAAAUAGCAAAGGAAAUCACUGUGAGAAAUGUAAAGAAGGAUUUUAUCAGAGUCCUGAUGCCACUAAAGAAUGUCUUCGCUGCCCUUGUUCAGCAGUGACUUCUACAGGCAGUUGCAGCAUAAAAUCGGGUAAAUUGGAACCUGAAUGUGACCAGUGUAAAGAUGGUUACAUAGGCCAGAACUGCAAUACAUGUCAAAAUGGCUAUUACAAUUUUGACAGCAUCUGUAGAAAGUGCCAAUGUCAUGGCCAUGUGGACCCAGAUAAAACUCCAAAGAUUUGCAAGCCCGAGAGUGGUGAAUGCAUCAACUGCCUCCAUAACACCACUGGGUUUUGGUGUGAAAACUGCCUAGAAGGUUAUGCUCAAGACCUCGAGGGAAAUUGCAUCAAGAAAGAAGUUAUUGUUCCAACACCUGAAGGUUCUACCAUUUUGGUUUCCAAUGCCUCUUUGACCACAUCAGUGCCCUCCCCUAUUAUAAAUAGUACAUUUACCCCCACAACCCUGCAGACUAUCUUAAGCACUUCUGAAAACAGCACUUCAGCUUUAGCUGAUGUAUCAUGGACCCAGUUUAACAUCAUCAUUUUGACAGUCAUCAUCAUUGUGGUGGUGCUGCUAAUGGGAUUUGUAGGGGCUGUAUAUAUGUACCGUGAGUACCAAAACCGGAAACUCAAUGCCCCCUUUUGGACCAUCGAGCUGAAAGAAGACAAUAUCAGUUUCAGCAGCUACCAUGACAGCAUUCCCAAUGCAGACGUGUCGGGAUUGUUGGAAGAUGAUGGCAAUGAAGUGGCUCCCAAUGGGCAACUGACCCUGACAACACCCAUACACAACUACAAAGCCUAAGGAGCUGGCACUGUUCUCCUGGAUUGUUGAACCACAGUGCUUGCUAAGGCAGCACCAGCUCCUGGGCCAGACCAAACCUGGUAGAGUUUGCUGAGAAAACAAAGGCAAAUAGUGCACCAGAAAUUUUCAGGUACAAAUUUGUAAUGUGCUUAGCCUAUCUGUUGCUCUUAGUUUUCCCAUGAAGAUCUGAAGCAUUCACUGUCAUUAAGGACUUGAAGUAAAGUAUAUUUUUGUACCAAACCACAUAGGAAUAAGGAAAGGCUGAACCCCGUAGUGCAGCCCAAAUCCACUUCGACCUCCAAAUAGACUCCUGGGGAAGUGUUCACCAAACCAGUGGUAACAACGUGAUGGAGGGGAAAGGACUGCUGGAAGACUUCAUCUCCAUUCCUGAAGUACCUUUUUUUAAAAGGAGGGUCAGGGAUUGUAUUCAUUUUACUGUAUUAAAAGACAUCAUUGAGGAAAAGCUGGUGUCCAGGCUGUAUCACAAUAAACAGUCUUGAUUGUUUCUAGAAUAGGGGUAGAAAAGUCCCAAGAAAAUCUUCGGAAGGGCUUGAUUUUUCCUCCCAGGAUUCUUGCUCAGUGAUGAGAGUAAAGCACAGGAUAAGCUUCUAAUGUAGCGGAAGGCAGCACUGGGAGCAGGAAGCUGAUGGUCCUCCUCAGGGUCUCAGUGUAAAUGAUGAAUUGUCUAAAAAUAAGGAAUAUUCCUGCCUCUGGAGAAAUAAGGUGUACAUAGUUAAUGUAGCAUAUCUGGUCAACAUUGUAUGUAUUUGUAAAAAAAA